AUGAUCCAGGCUGCUUCGCGCGGCUCUCGCUCCCUGGCAACGCUCGUUGCCGACCACCCGACUCUCAAGCCCUCGGCUGUUGCCAAGGGCAUCUCGGACAUUUUCCUGCCGGCCACCCUCAAGCUCCAGUCCGGCGAAACCUUCAAGGCGACCUCCUUUGGCGCCCCGCUCGUCAACUCCCCCAUCUCGGGCGAGGUUGUCUUCACCACCUCGGUCGUGGGAUAUCCCGAAUCCAUGACCGACCCCUCUUAUCGCGGUCAGAUCCUGGUCUUUACCCAGCCUCUGGUCGGUAACUACGGCGUUCCUGCCCCGUCUCGCGACGAGUUUGGGCUCCUGAAGCACUUUGAGAGCGAGGGCAUCCAGGUGAAGGGCAUCAUCGUCAACGACUACGCCGCAAAGUACUCGCAUUGGAAUGCCAUCGAGUCGCUCGGCCAGUGGUGCGCCCGCCACAACGUCCCCGCCCUCUCUGGUGUCGACACCCGCCAGGUCGUGACUCUGUUGCGCGAGCGCGGAACUACCCUUGGCCGCAUCACGAUCGGCGGCGACAAGGGCGAUGCUGCUGCCGCUGCUGUCGUCGAAUCGUUUUAUGAGGAUCCCAGCAAGACCAAUCUCAUCGCCGAGGUCUCGACCAAGACGCACACGAUUUACAAUUACGGUGGCGACGUCCGCAUCGGUCUGAUUGACUGCGGUGUCAAGCACAACAUCAUCCGCCACCUCACCAAGCGCGGCGCCCAGGUCCACGUUGUCCCGUGGGACUAUGAUCUCAGCAGCGACAACUUUGACGGCAUCUUCAUCUCCAACGGCCCUGGCAACCCCCUGCACGCCACCAAGACCGUCGAGACCCUGCGCAAGAUCAUGUCUGCGGAGAACAACAAGGCCCCGACCCCCGUCUUUGGCAUCUGCAUGGGCAACCAGAUCAUGGGCAUGGCUGCGGGCUUCCCCAUCUACAAGCUGCCCUAUGGCAACCGUGGCCACAACCAGCCUGCCCUCAACCUGGUCACUGGCAAGUGUGUCAUCACUUCGCAGAACCACGGCUAUGCUCUGCAGGACUCGGCCCCGGUCCAGGACUGGCUGCCCUACUUCCGCAAUGCCAACGACGGCUCGAACGAAGGCAUCCGCCACAGCUCCCUGCCCUACAGUGCUGUGCAGUUCCAUCCCGAGGCCAUGGGCGGACCCCAAGAUACCGAGUAUCUCUUCCAGGACUUUAUCGACCAGGUCCGCCACUACAAGGCCCGCCGCACGGGCACUAUCGCUGCCGCUGCGGAUGCUCCUGCCCGCGCCAGCGCCAGCGUCAGCAUCUAA